CCGGCGGCGAGGCAGUCGUCUACCAAGCUGCGUGCUGUACAGUUUGAUUGAACAAUGGAGCCAUCAACACUGGUAUUCCUCAUUCUUGUGGUGACUGCUGUCAGUGACGUGCAGGCUGUUCGCAAGCGUGGGACCUUGUCUAAACGGGUGAGAGAGGUGGAAAUGGAUAUCAUCGCUUGGAAAGGUACAGUUGUUAAUCUUGAGCGUAAAACUUUUGACCGCUUUAAAGACUUGGAUUCGUCACUAAAAGAAGAACUGACCAGAACUUUCGUCCCUGCCCUAAUAAAGCCCCUCGUCAAACAAGCCAUUACCGACAUCAUGAAUGAAGAUUACAUCGGGAACAUGAUCAGCGGACAUGUUCUCGAGGAGGUUCAAAGUUUGAAAACCAAACUACAAAACACAAAGAUAGAAAUCAAGGCACUGGCACAAAGGUUGAGAAGUGUUGAACAGGAAAGCGACACAUGCAGGAAAAGUCUCGGAAAACUACAUGGAAAGUUUACAGAGAACAUCCGUGUAUUACAGCUGCAAGUGAACCAGACAGUAGCUGACCUGCGUGAUGCCAGGACCACGACGUAUCCUGGAACUACAGCAGCCUCGACUGGCCCGACCCAGAACAACACGGUUCCACCAGCGCCAGUGACGACACAAGACUCUGAUCUACAGGCCUCGACCACCGACGUGAGUGAUGAUCUGACACCGAGCAAGACGGUUCCACCAGCGCCAGUGACGACACAAGACUCCCACGCGACUCCAUCACCAGCAGCAGGCCGCCGUCUCUACUCCGCCAGCGAGGCCGGUAACCUGAAGAGAGUGAAGCGGAUCCUGGCAGCGGGUCACGUGGACAUCAACACGAGAGGAGGAGAUAGCAAGACACCGGUGAUGAGGGCAGCAGUGAAUGGACACAGAGAUGUGGUGGAGUUCCUGGUGGGUAGAGGGGCUGAUGUGUCUCUGGUGGACAGGGACGGUGACAACGUCCUUCACUUGGCCUGUUAUGGUGGAGACCUGGAGACGGUGGAGCUGAUCGUGUCCCUGAACGUGGUGGACAUCAACGCCAGGAACAACAACGGGUGGACAGCGGUCUACUACGCGAGACACUGGCGACAUCAGCGAGUGGUGGAGUUCCUGGUGUCACGUGGUGGACACUGAAGUCUGUGUUGGUGUGGACAGUGACGGUGCACAUGUCGUUACUGACACUGACGCGGUUUGGCCGUCCACGUUGUCGUGUGUCACGAUUCACGUGAUUUCCUUUUACUUUGUGAAUAUAAAUAAAACUUGUUGAAAGUA